AUGUCAGGUCAAGAUUCAAGCGUUGCGCCGCGCCAACGAAGCACCUCCGGGUCCGCAUUUUCCAAGCACGACGAGGCAUACGGGCAUCAGGCUCCAUUCGUCCCAGGCCCAGGCCGCCAUGCAAGUCGCCUAGAUCAUGUACAACGGCAGGGCCCGCUCGAUUACGACCAAACAUAUCCCAAUGAUUAA